AUGGACGCUCUCGUAGCGCAGUAUAGCCGACCGACCUUCCAGUCUAAAGCUACGGAAGACCUGGAUGAGCUGCAACAAGAUGAGAGGCCUACCUUGAGCUUGAAGUUUGCGAUUCCUCCAGUGGCACAGCCCGCAUCUUGGCUCCGCGCGGUAACGGAUGACCAUUCGAAUCCAAAUGUUCCCAUCAAGUUGGCUCAUGGAACGACCACUCUUGCCUUUAGAUUCCAGGGCGGCAUUAUAGUCUGUACCGAUUCUAGAGCGACGGCCGGAAACUGGAUUGCAAGUCAGACCGUCAAGAAGGUCAUUGAGAUCAACAGCUGCUUAUUAGGAACGAUGGCCGGCGGAGCUGCUGACUGCCAAUACUGGCUUGCGUAUCUCGGUAUGCAAUGUCGUCUCCACGAGCUUCGACAUAAGCGUCGUAUCACUGUCGCCGCAGCAUCAAAGAUCCUCGCAAAUCUCACUUACUCUUAUAAGGGCAUGGGACUCAGCAUGGGUACCAUGUUGGCAGGAGUCACUCCAAGCGAAGGUCCUGCCUUAUACUACGUCGAUAGCGAUGGCUCGAGAUUGAGUGGGAACUUGUUCUGCGUCGGUAGUGGCCAAACAUUCGCCUAUGGUGUUCUUGAUGCAGAAUACCACUACGAUCUUACUACAGAGGAGGCCCUUGAAUUAGGCCGUCGUGCAAUUAUUGCGGCAAGUAGACCUAGAAACAACACCAAUCUUAGCGUUGACUAA